UGAAAUGUGUUACUUUGACAACCACUUCUGUUGAUUCAUGCAUUUAGUAUGUUUAGUUGCUUGUGUGUAAUGUCAAUGUGAAAAAUAAUUUGUAAUAUAAAAGUUAAAAAAUGGAUGGUUGUUUCAGUUAUCAAGAAUUAAAAGCAUUGCAAGAAUUAAUUAAUCCUACAAAAGAUAGUUCAGAUUCUGAAGAUGAUUUACCACAGGCUGGUGCACGAAAACUUGGGCCUGGCGAUAUCAAAGUGCAAAAUGGAAUAUCUCAAGAUCAUUCGGGGCCACAUGCACCGUUGGAAAUGAAUUCUGAUAAUAUUUGGCAUUCAUCAGAAGCAAUCGCCUCUCAAAAUUUUGAAACCUAUGAUCCAAGAAAAGUACCUGAAUACGAAAUGAAAUUUAAACAGGCAGUGACAGCGGAAGAUGUCUUUUUGGGAAUGGGCUUUAAAACACCAGGAACUGCAUCAUGCGAGUGGUUGUCCGUGUUUGUGAAGAUGCCGAAUGAAAAGCGCGAGAAAAUUGAGCUGUCUGUGGAAACCGAGGCGAUAGACGUUCGUAGCCUAAAUUAUCGGCUCCACCUUGAGACGCCACAUCCGGUUGAUCCUAACGCCUCAUCAGCCAAGUGGCACAGUGAUACGUCUACCUUGGAGAUUACCCUAAGGCUUUCACGCGAACUGGACGAAGUGAAUUUUUAAUCAACGAUUAGGUAGGCUUUGCACGAUUGUACGUUUAAAACAAUAUAAUAUAAAUAAAGGAUAAUAUA